AUGGCUCCGCCAAAGUCCGACGACCUGCCAAAGGCCGUUGACUUUGACCAAAUCAUGAACAAAGUUAAUCUGAGCACUUCCAAACACACAGCAAUCCUCGGCCGCUUAGGGCGCAACUCAAAAUCCCGUGCUUCAUCAGCCGCCAGCUCAAAACCGGAGGACAAUGGAUCGGAGAAGCCCAAAUUUUCAUUCUCUUCCCUAGCAAACAAGCCAUCGCCUCAUCCAAGCCUGAAAAAGUCCCAACAGCAGCGCAAGACAUACUCCCAGCCUCGGGGCAGGGACAACGACGACGACGGCUUUGAGGUUCCUGAGAACUCGGGGAUAGGGCACGUGCCUGCUGGGAAGGAGGCGGCCGAUGACGCGAGGGCGGCUGAGACGAGGGAUCUGAAAGGAAAGCUGCUGGGAAAGAGGGCGCUGGAGCAAAGGGAGGAGGCGCGGAAGAAGAGGGCCAGGGCUAAGGAGGACAGCAGCGACGAGGAGGAGGGACGGAGCGCGGCGGUUGGGAAGGGGAGAAAGAAGAAAGGAAGACGAGGGGGUGUCGUUGGUCAUCCUGAUGACCAUUAUGACGGGCUGAAAUGCUGGAGAUCGUCAACCGAUGUGGUUUGCGGCUCACCGUAUCUCUUGCCGCCUCUUUCAACAGCCCUCUAUCCAACAAACGAGGGAUUGUUUGUCUUUGGCAUCAGAAGUCCGGGCCAGACGAAGGCGAAGUCCCAAUGGCACAAUCAAAACACCAACGCGAUUGUCCCCGAAAAUCGACAGGGCGCUUUGACUCAAGGGAAGAAGGACACGUGGGUCUUUUGGCAUGCUGCACACUCCUACGCCGCAUCGAAAGAAAGGCUGUUUUGA